AUGUUUGGCGAAGGUCGAGACGAGAGUUCGCCUGCCUACCUGGCGACGGCUGUCGUCGAUGAAGAGCACAAUCCCGAUCCCGACGCUUCCGAUGACGUCGGGGAGGACCAGGACGAGGUGUUCCAGCAGGCCCAGGGCGGCCUCCUGCCUGUCUGGCUGCGGGAAUCGUCGCGGUCCUUUCGCUGGAGAUGGGUGCCGCUGCCAUUGAGGAAGGCAGGGCGAGCCGUUGUUCGCUGGGUGAAGGGCCCUGUGCCGCCGCGCGAGCUGCUGCUGACGCCGCUGUGGCCGCGCGUGCAGGAGCUGCCUGUCCGCGGCCUGGAGAAACUGGCUCCCAAGCGGAGACAUAAGAUCGCUCUCUUGCUGUUGCUGUACGUUGCUUGGUUCUCGCCCUGGUUCUCCGUGGUGCUGCAUUCUCGGUCGUCGGGGUACAUUGAAGGGUAUGGGCGUCCGCAGACGCUGUCGUGUACAUCCAACCUAUGGGGGUUCGACAGUCGCUGCGGUCUCAAUGGCAAUAAUUGUCGCCCGUUUUCCUCUGCUACACUUCCCUUCCGCUGUCCGGCUGACUGUCGGGACACCAAGGUGUUGGAACCACACAUGGUCGGGAAUGUGUCGUAUAACUACCAGCCAUUUGUCAUCGGGGGACCCUCGCCUUCCAGUGAGGGGCCGGCUGUCUACCGAGCAGACAGUUUCAUCUGCCAGGCGGCCGUCCAUGCCGGGGUCAUCUCGGACGUCGUGGGCGGCUGCGGCGUUCUGAAGCUCGAGGGUGCCGCUCACUCGUAUCCAUCGAGCAAGCAACACGGCAUCCUUUCAGUGGGCUUCCCGUCGACAUUUCCCAAGUCUUAUAGUUUUGUGGAUCUGCAGUCCUCGCAGGCGACGUGCCCAAAGGACCCACGGUGGGAGGUGUUGGGUGUCACCGUCGCCGCACUGACGCUGCUCUGGCUGUUCUGCACCUCCCCGCCUGUCCUCUUCUUCAGCACGUUCUUCAUCCUCAUGGCCCAUGUUGGCCUGGUCUCUGAUCCGCCGUCAUACCCCAAUCUCACCGACCUUGUCUCGACCCUGCUUUCCCGGCUGCUACCGGCGUCCUUUGUCAUUUAUGUGCUCUACAAGUUUUGCGCGCGUCCGCUGCUGGCACCGCUCUCGUCGCCUGUCUACCAACUGACGAAGACAUUCUUGUACUUACCCAUGGCCUUUAUAGGCGCCUUGAACAACUACACCUUUGCCAAAUUGAUCCCGCUGCAGCGUCUGACGCCGCUGGAUAUCCAGCAGCAGCCGGGCGCGAAACUGGCAUUGGCGCUGGUCAUUCCGGUCAUAAUCUGCAUUGUGCUGGGUCAGGCAUGGCACAUCCGCGUCGGGGGCCUGAUGCCGCGCUAUUUGAAGAUCUACUGCACGAUGGGGUUGAUCAUCCUGAUUCUCCUGCCGUUGCCAGGUCUGCGCCUGCGCAUCCAUCACUACAUCCUGGGCAUCCUUCUCAUGCCGGGGACCGCCUUCCCGACCCGCCCGUCUCUGAUCUACCAGGGCCUGCUGCUCGGCUUGUUCGUCAACGGGGUUGCCCGGUGGGGGUUUGCCUCCAUCAUCGAGACGCCAGCCUCAUUGGGCGAGCGCGUUACCGGGCCGACGGGGCCUCACGGCUGGUGGGGGGCGACAUUUCCAAACAUCACGACUGCGUCCGUGCAAAUCAGCUUACCGGAUCCGCACCGCUCCGACGACACUUUCCUCGGUAACGGUAACAUCACGUUCGCCCUCUGGGAGCACCAGCGCAUGGCCGACCUGGGCGUCGACGGGGUGACAGUCCUGGUCAACGACGUGGAGCGGUACCGUGGUUACCUUGACGAACAUAAGAGCGGCGAGUUCACCUGGCACCGACGCGGACACCGCGGUCUAGAUCUGACCCAAGCGCCUGCACCAGAUAUGUUCCCGACGAGUUCCUCGACGGACUCCAUUGAGACCGAGGAUGAGGAGCCUGAGGAUCUCUUCUUCCGCUUCGCCUUCCUGCAGGGCUCGCAGGUGGGGGGGUACGGCGGCACGGGUGUCUGGCUUAAAGAUGGGGGAUGGAUCUCGCCGCCUCCCCCGAAGUGA